UAACAGUAACAACAACAGUAACAACAACAACAACAGCAGCAACAAUAAUAAAAACAGCUCGAGCUCAAACACAGGCAGUAAUACAAGCCAUGUGAACGUUGUCAAUGUCAAUGUAACAACUACAACCGGAAACUCUAAAGCCGUUGGGAAAACCCCUGGAGUUGUCCUGACCUCCGGACAGUUGCAACAAAAGCAACAAGCCACUGUCCAAGUUCUCAGCAGUAGCAACAGUAACAACAGCAACAAAACAACAGGACUCAUUACGACAAAUUCGGAUAUGUUUGAUGGUCCACCAAGUCUCACGUCAACUCCCGGACUGAACUCGUUGGACGACUGCGAAGUGUUAAAGAAAAGGCGAUUCCUCAAACGCGAGACUAAAGCGCUGAAGUCACAACGCAGCCGUUCGGACGGCGUUGCAAAAAUGCUACCACCGACUCAUAUUGAAGACAACUCUCCUUCCCAUCAGAGUCAAUGGAAUAUUAUCGGAACACCAAACGUACGUUCCACUAGCUCACCGGGUGGUCCAAUUGUGAGUCAAAGGAGUUCGAUGGGUGGACAGUUCGGUGAAUGGAGGCAACGUUCACCGAUAGUGUCCCAGCUUGGUCAGUCUCAUACGCCGACCAGCCAGGGGUUGACACCCAGCGCAAAUAACGGGAGUCCUGGAAAACGUUCGUGUCACAGCAAUUCUGUUUACCUCCUAAUGUCCGACCUUGGCUCUCAUGAAAGCCAGUCAGCUAACACAAGUCCAGUUGUCACUCCUAAUAAGCUUCAGACGUCAAACACUGUGCUAGAUCGUAAAGUGAAAACGUUAGGUUCUCCACCUCAGCAGCGUGGCGUGCCGGACGGCUGUCCGCUGGAUUUGGACGAGGACCACGUCGAUGGUGGUCCGGGAUCCCUACAUAUUGGCAGCCUCAGUCCAGCGUCCGCACUAGGGCCGUUAGGAGCGUCGUCGAACCAGGCCGAUCAACAUCACGCAGGCGGAGGAGCCCUAUUGACGAAAAAGGGUUGGCUCUACCUAAGGCAACGCUAUAACGGCCAAGUGGAUUGGACACGGUUGUGGUUUGUGCUUCGACAGGGUUCGUUUUCACAGUUUACAGAUCCAUCAGCGGAAGAGAAAGGCCAAGCACGAGGAACACUAGACACGCGUGCGCUACGCGCAGCAACCGAACUUGAUAAUGCCGAUAGAAACUAUGCGUUCGCCCUAGUCUGGACACCUUCUGGUGGCGAGGGAUCAAGUAGGGAGCUCGUGUUGAGCGCUGCAACAGCCGCUAUUCGUACUAAUUGGCUUCAGGCGAUCCGACAGGCAGCCGCUGCCUCGAAUGCCCUAGCUGUAGCGCCUGUGAGUUCGGUUGGAACUCACGGUCUCACUUUGGCUACGGUUUCAUCCAUCGGAUCCUCGACCGCUAGCAUCGCCUCGGGCCUUACCUCUUCCUCUUCGCCGUCCUCGGCAGGCGGAUCUCCUGGCUCCGCUAUGUUAUCUGGUCAUAGCGACAACUCAAGACAGUUCAGGAGACAGCUCAGUCCGGCCAGGACAACAACGACGACGACAUCUGGACCUAUUACCUCGCCAGUAACAACGACUGAGUCCAUUACUCAUUGCACGAAAGAGAUGACUCUGCCCCUCGGUCAAGAAAAGACUACCCCUUCGAAGAGACUAAGCAACCGGGCUUUGAGUAACACUGGCCAGGUCGGUAGUCCAUGCGAUUCAGGCGGAGAGGGUAGCUAUUUCUCAGCCACAGAUUCAACACCGACUCAGGAGACACCUCACGCACUGACAGCGCGACAUGGAGGUCGUGUUGAGUUGCCACCGUCACCUGUACCCAACCGUAAUGCGCUUUCAAAAGCUAAACAUCGGGCGCGAAGUUCAAGCGCGCACUCUAGAGUGCGAUCUGGCUUAGGAAGCUCACAAAUGUCUGGCGAAGCUACAGCAUCUCAUAGUAUUCUAGACGUGACAGCCGCCAGCAACACCAACGUCCAGCAGCUGGAACAAAAGAUGUCGUCUUUAGCUAGCGGCGUUGUUGGUGCUAGUAUGGCACUUGAGAGCGAAGACGAGGAGUCCAGUUGCGGCCCUGAAGAGGACGAAGCUGAUGAAGCCGAUGAGGACGAGAACGAGGAGUGUUUGUUAUUAGACCUCGUAGACAUAGACACAAUCGACGGCAACAACAUUAAUAGUAGUGGUAGCGGCGGCGGCGGCGGCGGUCAGGAGCAACGACUUGCUUAUGGACAUAACCAUCUUUCAUCUCGCCAUGGUCAUUCGUUGACAUCUGCUCACCAGCAAGGACACCAUUUGCAGAGGCAAUCGCACCGUGGCACCACAAUGCACAAGAUAGCGCGCGCUCAAGCCCUUGAAAAUAAGCUGCGGGUGGCACGCAGCGACCUCGAGGCCAAGCAGGCUGAGAUCGAUGCGUUGCGAAGACUGGUAGCAACAUCGUCUGGAGUGCCAAACCAGCAAUACGUAACCUCGCGUUCCAUAAUAGAAUCAACGAUAUCUCGUAGUCACGAACCAAGAAGUCUCUCCCCCUCGCGUUCAUGUACUGAGGAGGUGGACGAUGCCUCAAGACGGGCACAGGAACUUGUGUCGAAAAGCCUGCAACUGCUCAAAAACAUCUCAGCCAAGACAGCUCUAAAGGAGGUAAAGGAAAAGUGCUUAGAUCUGCAGUCCCACAUUGUUUCUUUGGAAACUUUGGUUGGGGAUGUUGUAGAGUUCGCUAACACAACCAACGCGAAUUUAAAAGCUGCGGAGUGCGGGCUUCCUCGUGCCGUGCCUCCAAAAAGUAAUGCCGCCGUACAGACAGCGUCUGCUACACAGGCCGAACGGGAUGAAAAACUGACGAAGGCGCAGCGCGAAAUAGCUAGAUUGACGAAAGAGCUGAUCGACUCACAAAAGACCGCUGAUGACGCAGAGCUACAGCUUGUGCGCGUAUCCAACGAUAUGAAAAUGGCUGCCGAAGAACAUCGACAACAGAGCGCAUUGCUUAACCUUCGACUAGACGAUUUAACCUCGAAACUGAGCGCUUCUGAGAAGAAUGCCAAGUUAGCAAAGCAAAAAUUAGCCCGGCUUGAAAAGCGACGUCUCUCCUUGAAGGGCAAGGAUGCCUCGUUAACUUUAUCUAAGGAUAUCGAAACGAAGCUUUCGAAUCUAGAGGCCAAAAUGCUCUUCCUUGAAGACAUGUCUACCAUGACAGACUCUCAGUCGGAUGUAUCGGAAGAUCUUCGAUCACACGCUACAACUUCGACGCCAGGGCUCGCUGGCAAACAGCCCGUAAACCGACGUUUUAGCACUGAUUCACAGAACUCGGAAACUAAUACCUCUGCUCAUCGCAUAUAUCACUUAGAUCAAAAGGUGAAAGCUGCAGUUGAAGCUGCUGGUGGUAUGCCAAUGAAGGCUAAGCUGUAUCUUCAAUCACGCACAGUGAAGGAUCCUAUCGGAAUUGAGGAAUGGCAAACGGGUCCUCUUGGAGCCCUAGGAACCGCCAGCCUAUCAGCGUCUAUGACGGACCUCACCGAACUCACGAUGGAUCCAGGCCUCGACCCAUCGUGUAGCUCAAUCAGCUCCAUGUCACCGUAUGAAUGUCUUGAAAUGCUUUCGCAGAGAGUAGACUCUUUAUUAUGCUGGUUCACGAGCUCGUUACAAGGUUUGCGACGGGCCGCUGAAGACGCACCUUGGUGUCGCCUCCUAGGCCAACUGCUGGAACUAAUUGAUCACUUGAGCUGUGCGUGUGAUCGGGUACCCGGCUCACUGCAAGGCCGCGGAGCAUCUGAUAAGGCAUCGCUCGGCCUCGCCUAUAAUUUGCUCCUAUUGCAAGAAACGGCACGAGCUGUCCGAAUGGUUAACGACACAGACCGCGACCUCAGGCACUCUCUUCACGGUUCUGCUCGACAAAUGCAUCGAGUACUCGCCUCUUUUAAUGCAAGCCUCAGUCGGAACUGCUUUACUGCAGACGCAAUCUUUGAAGGUCUUCAGCAAGGACUUCGCGCAACUGAACAAGGCGGUUCAGCUUCUUUGGUUGAGGAUUUCGUAUCUGGCCCGAUUGACCCCAUUGCGGCCCUCGGAGACGCCGUGGCUCAGGUCAAAGCGCAAUUCGACUGCGCUGCUUUCAAGGUUGCUGAUUAUAAAAGAGGAAAGCGUUCAGCAAUUCAAGAAUCGCUGGCACGCCUGCUGGCCAAUCAUUCGCGUCGGGGUUAUGAAUUUGGAUCCGUAGAUAUGGGUGACUACAACAACGGUUCUUGUCCAGAGGCCUGGGACGCGUGUGCUUGUGUUGCUCGUCAGGAAGCUCUACUUUCACGUGUUACAGAAGCAAUCGCACGAGUGUCAACCUCUGUUGGUUUUUACCUGGACAAAAGCCUGGGUCAUGGCUCGACGUUGCUCAUUAACUUCGAUAAAAUGCCGGAACCAGGCCAAAUGAAAGCACUUAUAGCCGAUGCGCUCCAAACCGAUAUUGAUUUGCUCAACUAUGAAUUGCGCAAAGACUGCAUUGAGGUUCUAGACGUUAGUGUAUUCGGCGAUUCUGCGACGUCUAGAUCUUCCGCAACAACAGGAGUUGGAGCCUUGGUUGACGAUUCCGUAAUGUCCGCUAUGGAGACCGAAAUCUUGCCAGAGGUCAACGAAGUGGUUACGCUUAUUUGCGUCUUCGCUAUCUUCAAGGGUUACCUGGCCUACCUAGAGCAACAAUCAUUGUCGUCUUCAUGCCUCGCCGAGACUUUCCGGCGAAUCUCGUCACCGCCUAUCGCUAAUUCGGAUCAGGCUAAUACAACAGCCUUUCGGGGCUCAGGAAACUCCGCUACAAGUGGCAAUUCCAGUUCAGCUCUAACAGCCGGUGGAGCCCCAUCCAUAGCAUCGUCCGCUCAGGUACUCGAAAGCGUCCAUUCUAAAUUCUUCGAGAUGCUUCUUAUGCUUAACGGAACUAGCGACGUUCCACAAGCUGUAGAAAGGUGGCUUGCCUGCGUUGUCAACUCUUCUCACGGGUCCUCUCCGGGCGAGCAUAUGUCUUCGAGCCUAACAGGCGGAGGUUCCUUUGGCCAAAAUUCAGCCCAAGGAGCGAGCGCCGAUGGUAUUCAUUCUUCAGGAAGCGCCUCGACCAGUGGAGCGCAUCUUUCGUCGGCAACUGCAGUGGGCGGCGGUGACUGUGGGCUUAUCAUUCCGUCUCUUACAGCUACGGUCACGUCGGCGAUUGGACGCGUACAAGCCAAAUUAGCUAGGGAACAGGAUGCCCAGAAAGACGCACUCAAUUCUCUGAGGCAAAGGUUGGAACAAGUUGAACGUGAACGAAGCGGGUGUGAUAGAAGUAUGGGCAGCUCAGGACUGACGGAAUGCUCAGGCUGUGAGCGACUCAAAAGGCAGCUUGAAAAUCUUACUCAACAAUCGGACAGUGGCCGUUGCGAGAACUGCCACAGGCUUGAAAAACAGCUCCAGGAGCAAACCAGUUGUGCUGAGUGCCCGACAUUAUUGAGCCGCCUUGAAGAGUAUGAAGCAGCGUUGUCGGCAGGAUGUCCCGGUUGUGAACGACUCGAAAAAGAAAUAGAAGCCAUGGAGAUGCACAUGGCAGAACAGGACGACGCAGGAAAACGCAGCAAGCUCAACAGCGAUCAGUGUAACAGCUGCGAAGAACUACAACGAGCACUGGACGCCGCUCGAAAUUCAUACGAUGCCCGAGUGGCUAACCUGCAAGCGGACCUAGAAAGUCGAUUAAGAGAGCAGUUGCAAAUUGGUGAGGAGAUCCACAUUCAUAGGUUACCACGAUGGCAAAACGAGCUCGAACAAGUCCGUCAGCUUUGUGACAAAGGUAUUGGACUUUUGCAAGAAUCCCACGCAGCAGAAUUAGCACGAUUAUGUGAAAACUUUGAAACAAAACUGAAAGCUGAGCGCGCAGAAAAGGAACGUAUUAUUGCCGAGGAAACUCGUGCGACGCAGGUGGCUCUCGAAGCUAUUCAACGUCAACAUAGAUCACAUAUCGAAGAACUGAAGGCAAAUAUGAAACCUUCAGGGACGUCAUGUAUUACUCAAGACAAAGAAAAAGUAAACGCGUCAAAUCAAGAAGCACGCGAGGUACAUGCGCAGGGCACACCUGUUUCCAACGAAAGAGUAUUGAACGAGAUUCGGGAAGACAUCGUGAAUUUGUCGGAGAAAUUUUCAAAGAAAUGCGUUGAGGCUGCAGCUGUACAGGAACGAUUAUACACUACUCAAAAACAAUUGCAAAAAGCCAAUACACAGUUGUUUGAUCUGUUGGCCACAAGAGCUCGAUCCGACACGCCAUUGCGACAUCCUACAAAUGCCUCGCCAACGGGCUUACCAAGCUCCCUAAGUCAGACUGGGGCACAGCCCGCAACGUCGCCGUCCAAGCAUUCGCCAUCGACACGACCUUGAUGUAACUGUUGACAACAAACGCGGAACUUCGACUUAAACGCAUAAAUGCAUGGUCAGGAUGCUGCCAACUGCGAGAAAUAGAAACGUUUGGCCUACGGCAAAACCAUGGAGCGGCUGGCGUGUGUGCGCAUGCGACUCUACCAAUCAUGUUGAUAUCUGACGUUAGCCAUUUUAUUUUCUACUGAAAAUAAUUUGAUUUCCAGCGUUAGUGACCCUUACUGCGUGACUUAGCGGUUUUCAUAUGACUAUGACUAACAAAUAUAAAGCAGUAAGCAAUAAACAGGAGCAAUGAAUCGCGUGUUAGAAAUGAAGAAUGACAAUGACAAGUAAGAAGAUGCUAUGUUAUCAUACAAAAUUUACUUUUUCCAGUAAUAGAGAUAGAUGUCAGUUAUUACAAUGGCAAUGGAGCAAACAACAACAACAAUAAUUAAAUUAAUGAAAAUAUUAGGUGUUCCUUGUGUAGCGUCCAUGGUCCACGUUCCAUUAUUGGUUCGUUAUAACGCACACAAGGGAAAAAUAGGACGCCUAUAUAACUCGCUGGUACGACACUUGCGCCGGCAGAGCGCCUUCGAAACGAACAGCGAUGGAAAAACCUCAACGGACAAAGCACGAGGUGGCACCACGAGGUGGUUAGCCGUGACCAUCUCACCAUCCAUUUGGUAUCUAUCACACUCGUGCUUUGUCCACAUUGGCAGCGCAGGCAACAGAACUUUUGUUCCCUACCAUUCACUAAGCUAUUCGAGUAAAAUAUACCGCUGUUCUGUUUGUACGAUGGUGUAUACGGAUUGUCCCUUCACCCACCCCGUAAACCGAGCGAAGAUGGUAGAUAUAAUAAUACAUCACCUUAAUUGGGUACGUCUGUCAUUUGCCUAACGGCUGUAUCAAAGUCAUUGUCCGCAGCUGGAUUGGAUAUAGCUGAGACGUCUAAACCAGUGUGCAUGAAUGACCAGGAUGUGCGGAUAAAACAAAGUGCAUCGUGCGUAUGUGACAGUUGUGAAUAAUAAUAGUAACAGCAAUGAUUAUAACGAUUGUUGUAAUAAAAUAGACUGUAUCAUUAUCAUGAAAUGACUAUAAAUAAACAAACAAGUCGAUUUGUAUGUUAA